GUCACGCCAAUCAAGCUGUCAAGCUCGGUGAGACGUAUGCAAUGUACAUAGCACGCACUGUCCGUGAUUCACGUGCUGAGGCGAGGCGUUGACGAGUCGGCUGCACAUCUUCACCAGACGACAUUCUAAUAAUUCUGGAUACCGACAUAACAAGAUGCCAAAGCACCUGUUCGUUUUUGUUGUAUUUUCAGUCUCCUUGGCAUACCAACGCCACAUGUCAGAAAUCACUCUCCAAAAGCAUGACAGAAUUUUGAUUAACGUGACACGGGGUGAAUGCCCGAUGUUGACGCCAUGUUCACAAACACACGCAGUGGCUCUUUCUUCGUUGACCUCAGGACCACCUGACUGCAGUGCCUUACAGAGUUUCAUCAAUUGCGUCCGUUCCUGCCUCUCGUCAGACCAGACUGUCCUUAAUUUGUCCCUCUGGAUUAAGCACGUGUGUGACGGACAGCUUCCACAACGUACUCCAGACAUGGAGCAGAGCCUUCAACACAUCGUCAGUUGGUUCGCCAAUGGUACAUCCCUUCACCUGAACGCGGAAGAUUUGCGGUUACUACUCAACUGCUCGGCUGUUUCAGCUUGUGUGCCACAAAACAUGUCUUCACUCAGUGGAGAAGACACGUGCAAUGUUGCAGGUUCUCUGUACAAGUGUGUCCACGCUGCGUUAACGUCGUGCGCCGCCCCAGACGCAGUUCGAACUUUCUUGGCCUCUGAAAAACAAGAAAUCGACCAUCUCUGUAAUUCCGGUUACAGAACCGUGCUGCCAUCUUUGUUUCUAAGUCUUGACGAUGGGUUGACGGCGCUGUCGUCCCCUGGGUGCGUGGAGCUGAUGAGGUGUACAGUGGAAGGUCAGUCACUGGGGCCCCCUCCAAAGGACAAGGAGGCAUUCUGCACUAACAUAAAGAUUGUGAACACAUGCAUCGACGAGAGCAAGGAUAAAUGCGCCGUGUCCAGCCAGUUCCGAUCAUUCAUUAACCGCUACAGACACGAGGAGAGCAAGCAUUGUCAUUCAGGUGUCGGGCUACAGUCGAUAACUCCCACCCUGUUAUUUCUCACUGCAACGGUUACCAUGGCCACCAGACAUUUCUUGUGAAUACCCUCGUGGGCACUGAAAGGCAGUACAGAAUUGCGUCAAACCCAGAAAACAGUGUAUUGUUAGAGAAAAAAAUGGAAUACUAGCAGAAGCUGUGCGGAACCAUCUAACACUUGUCAAUACACAAAUUUUCGAAAA